GUUUAUUCUUCCACUGUGUUUACUAGUUUCAUUUAAUUAUUAAAUAAAAUAAUAAUAGAAAUAGGUUAAAAUGUAUUAACAAGUAAGUGAAAUAGAAAAUAACCAUUCAAAAUGGCAUGCAAAACUUCUUACGAGUUGCAUCACAACUUUGCCAAGAUAGCAGACGAAGCGGGAUUCGCUUUCAACAAUCAUCGUCCGCGAAUACACAUCGACUGGAAUAAAAUCAGAUUAAUUGACAUAGACAGUUUAAUACGUGAGAAGAAAUUCGUAUUAAUCGAACAACAUGUUAAUGACAUCCUGGACUGUGUUCUGGAGUCGGAGUUCGACGUGCGUAUAUUGGACGAGGGCGUGUUGAAGAUGUUCCGGCUCGCGCAACUCGCCGUCGAGUACCAACAGUUCUGCCGCCACUACCUAGACCGCAGCGUCUACGUAUUACGAGAGGAAAUAACUUCUCUAGCACAGGAACUCGAUUCAACUAAAAAAGAACUCAGAGACCGCGAUGAAGAAAUCCGUAAAUUAAAAAGAAAAACCAAACACACAUACAGAACUCCCCUUCCAUAUGGAAAUGAUAACAUAGCCAGCAUGAUUUUGAAAACAUUAUCGCAAAAGAACGAAUUGUUUUCUUAUGCCGCUGGUGACGUAAAUCAAUACAAUAAAUGCAACUUUUGCGAUAAAGUAUUUUUGAAUCAACUUUACCUCAAAAGUCAUAUUUCAAGACGGCAUUCGAAUAUCAUGGAAAUGCCACAAAGGGACACUGAAGAUAGUUCACCAAACCAACCGAAUAUUACAGAAAAUACAAAAUUAAGGGACGAAAUUUUAGAGCUCAAAUUAAAAUUGAAAGAGAUGGAAAGUGCGAUAAAACAAAACUCAGAGCAAGCUAAUGCUAACGUGAUUAGUCAAAACAAAGUAGAAAGUAUUACAGAAAAUGAUAAUAAAACUAAUACAGUUUUAAAGCAAACAAAAGAUGUUAAGGUUGCCACAAAUAAUGAAGACUAUUUACUAGAUAAGAUUGAAGAAUGGAAAAAAGGAGAACAAGAUAAAUAUCAUAAAGAGAUAGACUUACUUAGAAGUCAAAUUAUGGAUACAAUCAAAUCCAUAAAAGACAAAGAAACUCCUGUGCCAAACACAGAACUGAAAAUAAUUGAGCAGCUAAAUAUUACAAUAAGCAAACAGGGAGCUGAAAUAUUAGCUCUGAAACAAGAACUAAUUAAUUCUAGAUCACAAAUCGAGAAGGAAGAUGCUGAAAGACGCAAGGAAUCAGAAACUCAAAUGGCGCUAUGGACAAACCGAGCCGAAACACACGCAAAACAGUAUGAAUCUUUAGUACAAAAGUUGAACGAAGUGGCGACAGAGGCACAAGAAUCUCGAGCACAGGCUGAUGCUGAGAGAAGGAGAGUGGCACAGCUGGAAGAUAUGUUGCAACAAAGUAUAAAAAAUAGUAAAACUUCACCACAAAAAGAAGACUUGCCAAAAUCAAAACUAGAAUCGAGUCAAAAAGAUGGUGACGUUAAGAAAACUCCAAUGAAGAAAAAAGCUGUUCUAAAAACAACUCCCGAGGCCGAUAGAGAAACUCUUAAAAAACUCCAUCAGAAGGCACAAGCAUUACUAAAUAUGGGUUCUUUUAGCACUAGUUCUUCAGAAGAUUUAAGUGUGGAAAAUGCAAAGUCCCCGAAACCAAGAAAAACACUGAAAGAUUUACAAGGAAACAAAAUGCCCAACCACAAGACUGACGAGGUCAAUAAAGUAAAGCCCAAAUUAGAUAGCAAUCAUUUGCAACGAACUACUAACACAAAAAAUAAUCAUGAUUCUCAUAAUAAUAGAGAAAUAAAGGGUAAAAAAACGAAAUCAAAAUCACUACCGAAUAAAAUAGAAAAAAAUGGGACAGUUAUCGUACCAGGAAGCCCAAUGAAAAUAUUAAGAGCAAAAAUUACCGAGGAAGUUAAUAAUCGUUUAAUAUCAGCUGGAGUAGAUCCUUUAAAAAGUAGCCUUCCUAAGUUUGAUUACCAAAAACGGAAAAUGCAAUUGCAACAAGAACAAGAGAUGAAAGCUAAGGAAAAUCCUACGCAUGAAAAAGUCCGGCAUUCUAUUUUAGCAUAUUUGGAUUCAAAAGUACCACGUAAAAUCGUUUUACCACCACAAGAUUACGUUUCACCAAAUAAGAUUUCCAAACCAUUUAGUUUUACUUCGGUGAUUUCAAAUGUAAAGAGCAAAGCUCUAUCUUUAGUCAAAUCAAAUGAUGUCGCUACUAAAGAUAAAAGAAAGACUUUGAAUGCAGAAGUUGCUAGAAGAGUUAUGACUUUGCUCAAUACACCACCCGAUUCAGGACCAUCAACUCCUGUUAAUAAACAUGUGAAUUAUGUUACAACGGAGUCUCAAAUUGAAUCUAAUUCAGAAUCAAGACACGUUUCCGUUGUAAAGAAAAGACAUAAUUCAAAUGCAACAGAUAAAACUAAAGAUAAAACAACCAACUCUGCAAGGCGUCAUUCUGUUAUAAAUACUGACACAGAUUCAGACAGUGAAUCUUCCCAAAAUGAGCACAAAUACCACGAAACUGUUGUCAAGCAGUGUUCAAAAUCAAUAGAAAAUCUUAUUAAGUCUCCUGCACGUAGACCACUUUCGGCAAGUUCUGAUUAUAAAGACACUGUAAAGAAGUAUACGAUUUCUGAAGAUAAUUUGUUUCGUUCACAAUCUGCCACAAAUAUUUCUAAUUCAAAAGCAGAUAUUAUAGUCAAUAGCAAACCUUCACAUGAAAUUAAAGACAAUAGUACUGACGUAGAAUCCUCAGACAAAGAAGAACCUUUGACUAAAGAUGUUCAAAGUAAUCCAAAACAAACAAAAGGAGUUUUGAAAAAUGCAUCCUCGACGUCUUCUUUAAACAAGAAGAAAGUUUUGUUCGAUAUGGAAGCAAUACAAAUGAAAUCUCUAAGUGCCUCACCAUCUCAGAGUCUAACUGAGAAAAGUGAUGGAAAUGAGAAAUACGAACUCGGUUUAAUAAAUUUGGAUGGAGAAGAGUGGGAUAUAUCAAGCAUUGAAAAUGAGCCACUGAAGAACGAUACAAAACUACAACUCAGCUCUCGGACAAGUCCUAAGAUAGCAGAACUUACGAAGACCAUAGAAUCACAAUUAGCUCGGCGCAACGAUACUCCUUCAACUGCUAUAGUAGGAGGCAUUGACGUGUUAGCCCCAGCACCCUUGUUGCGAGCUUCAAGUAUUGCUGGAAGUAAUACUAGUUUAGGCAGUUCGAUUCUAGAUGAUUCGGAAAGCCCACGACCAGUCGUUAACAACAAAGCUUUUGUCAAACCUAAGUUAGUUGCUGAGAAAGACGACAGCGAAAUUGAUUUAUCUGAGUUUAGUACAAGUGGAAUUGUUUCAAAUAAGAAUGAACGAGAUGCUUUUUAAGUUGUAUAUUAAUUUUAAAAUUAAUUAAUAAAUAUAUUUUACACAAUUUAUUGUUUAUACAUAUUAGUUACUUAUUUCUACUUUAAACUAGUUACAAUUAAAUAUUCAUUUGCCAAUUUUAACAUUAGUUAAUUAAGCAAAUUAUCACUACAAUUAGAAGUUUUUGGGGGAACUAAAAAUUCCUUUUAAACUAGCUGUAAUAGUUCUUUAUUCAAUAAUUGUGUAUCUUUUUGAGAUGUUAAUUGAUGAGAAAUAUGAUUGCAAUGCAAUGUCGUUAGUUCUUUACAUUAAUAACGAUUUUUUUAUGCAUAAAAAGGCAGGUAUUUGACCACAAUCGCACCUGAUGUUAUGAUAAUGCAAGUUCAAAAAUGGAGCCUUGCAGAACACCAAUUCUUAUUUGAUUAAGUAUUGAGUAAGGUUAUUACUCAUCACUGUAAAAUAUUUUUCUAGGUAGGAUUAACCAAAGUAGUUAAAAGUUGAUUUGACGGUUUUUUAAAAAAAGCCUAGGGUUACACUUAUGCGCAUAACCUUAUCAAAGGGCUGAUUGAUGCCAAAAUAUAUUUAUGCUGUAUUUAAUUGAAUCUUAACAAUAUGGUAAGUAAUACACAAUUAUAGGAAAGGAA